AAAGAAGUCGUUGUAAAGUUUGCUACCUGCCAUUUCCAGCACAGCGAAGCUUUUUCGUUUAAUUUUCUGAGAUCUUCGAUUUCCAAUCGAAGAAGAAGACAAAGAAGAAGAAGGUGAAGGAGAAAGAUGUUGCCUACGGUUUCGAAAGGACGCUCCUCGUCUUCGGCCUCUACUUCUCGAAGUAAUCCAAUGUUCAUUCAGUAUCUUAGACGAAUUAUCAAGUGGCAACAAAUGGAUGUGGAAUAUACAUUUUGGCAAAUGUUUCAUCUAUGUACAUCACCAAAAGUUGUUUAUCAGCACACCAAGUAUCACAAGCAAACUAAGAAUCAAUGGGCACGUGACGACCCUGCUUUUGUUGUGAUCUGCAGCCUCCUACUGGCAGUUGCAACUAUGGCAUAUUGUGCUGCGUACGACCACAGUGCUGGGCAUGCUUUUUUUGUAGUUAUUUCAGUAUUGAUUUUCCAUUUUUUAUUAACCGGGACACUUCUGGCCACUUUUUGUUGGUUUAUCACUAAUUCUUACCUUCGGGAAGAAGCUCCAAACAGUCAUGUAGUAGAGCAACGGGUUGAAUGGCUGUAUGCAUUUGAUGUGCACUGCAACUCUUUCUUCCCGAUGUUUGUGAUGGCUUAUGUGAUCCAUUAUUUUCUAUCCCCUCUCUUGGUAGCUCACGGAUUCAUUCCAGUGCUACUGUCAAAUUUACUAUUCAUGGUGGCUACUUCUUACUAUCAUUAUCUCAACUUCUUAGGCUAUGAUGUUCUUCCCUUUCUAGAAAGGACCACUUUUUUCCUAUACCCAAUUGGUCUUGUCAUCGUCCUUACUCCAAUCUUUAUUUUGAGUGGCUUCAAUCCAUCGAGAUAUUUUAUGAACAUGUAUUUCAGUCACCGCUUAUGAUUCGUUAGGUCUAGAUACUUGUAAGAACACAAUUGAAACAACAGGAAUGCUAAUUGGAAGAUAUCAGCCUGAAAAUUGUUUUUGUGGAUCCUAUCUUAUUGUGCCUAGAAUAUUGAAAAGGGAUGAUGUCCCUCUAGGAAAGGAAAGGAAAGGAAAGAAAAAAAGUGUUGUGUAGCAUUUGUGGGCGCCUUUAACACUGAAUGAAGUUGGUACCAAAGAAGCAAGAGUGUCCAAAAGUAUCUGAUUUUGGUGAUCGAAAUGUUAAUCAAAGAGAUGUAUUCAAUAUAGCGAUGAUUUUCUUC